UGAGCUUGUUUAUAAAACAUUCGUUCUAAGAACUUCCAUUAAUCACCUUAUUUUUUUCCAAUUUUUUUGCAUUUAAUGCUCCCGACAAUUUUUUUCAAAUCUCAAGUGGCAUCGUAACCAUGGCAAAUUGGGUAAAAUACUCACUUUUCCUGAUAUUCAUCAUUUUUAUUACCGGCACUUGGACUUUGGAGCCCAUCAGUACAGCAAUUGGAAUCGGAAUCGCCUCAGUUGUCGGCGGCUUAGGAUAUAAUUAUGAAAAGGUCGUGGAUCAGACAAUUUGUCGCAUGACAGAGUGUUGCAAUGAUCGAUGGAUUGUUAAAAAUUUCACCAAAUUAUCUCUCGACCUGAAAGAACAUGUUUUCGGACAACCAAUUGUCGAAGAAAAAGUCGUUCAAGCUCUAAAAUCGCACUACGAACACAUCGAUUCGUCGAAAAAACCGCUUGUCAUGACAUUCCACGGCACACCAGGCACCGGAAAAAAUUACGUUGCCGAUUUCAUUGUAAAAGCCAUCUACGCCAAAGGUCUUGAUAGCGCUUUCGUGCAUCGUUUCAGUGGCCGAACGGAUUUUCCCAUACAAGCAUAUGUCGAAACUUAUAGCGCACAAAUCCGGGAUUACAUCAAAAAAGCCAUUACCACGUGUUCGAAGGCAAUUUUCAUCUUUGACGAAGUCGAUACGAUGCCAAGUGGAGUAUUCGAUGCCAUUACCGCUCUCUUAGAUCAUCAUACUCACGUGGAUAACGUGAAUUAUAGAGAAGCUGUUUUCAUUUUUCUGCUAAAUGCGGGGGGCGUGGAAAUUGCGGACAAGUUGUAUGAGUCGUAUAAAAGCAAAAAAAUGACCCGGGAAGACAUGAAGUUGUAUCAUUUCGAGUCGAUAUUGGAAAGUAGUGCGUAUAAUUUGCAAGGAGGCUUGAAGAAAAGUCGACCGAUUGAGGCGGGACUCAUCGAUCAUUACGUGCCUUUUUUGCCGUUGGAGAAGCCGCACAUCAUUGAAUGUAUUCGGAAGGAAUUUCAACGUUUGCGCAUCAAAAUGACUGAACACAAGAAAAAUGAAAUGCUGGAGUACGUGACAAUGGAUGUGAAGACAAAUCUCUUCGCCAACAACGGUUGCAAGCGAAUAUCCAAAAAAGCUGAAACUUUUGUCUAAAUCCUGCCGUAAAAUUAUUGAAAUUUACCAAAAAAAUUAUUUAUCCAUUUAUUUUUGAAAUAAAAUUUUUUAACGGAAGUGUU